AUGAUUUUUUCAAUUUUUGUGUUAUGUGUUGGUUUCGUAUCACCUCUGACUAUUUCCCUUAAUACAAUUCCAAAAAAGGCCGUUACAUAUGAUGUGGAAGUAAGUUAAAAAUAAGAUAGAAGAAAAAAUAUAUCAAUUUUCAAAGGUUGGCUCGUAUUUAUACGUGGCUUCGACUGAUGCAUCUUCACUGCUUCAAAAUAUUUUCAUAACUGAUGGAACAGUUACUACCGCCUAUUAUUUAUCACAAUUAGGAGUGAAUUCGGAUGGAACUAAAAUACCGUAUGUUAUGACAACUGAUAAAUUAACGAUACAAGGAAAUCAAGAAUAUGACUUUUAUUUCGCAACUGGAUACAUUUAUAUAACAACGGCAAAUCAAGCUAAAGGUAUAUCAAUGAAAAAAAAACUGAAAAAUAACAAAUUUUGAUUAAGAUCCGUAUUUUAUGGUUUAUCCCGCUGAUAUUGAGUCAUUUAUUUCAACAAAUUAUAAAAAUGCAACUCUGGUAUUUUUAAAUUAUGACAUAGAUAUUCCUAGAACAAGUGCUUAUAUUCCUGUAAAAUCAGCAAGAAUAAUUGGUCUGUCAAAUACUCCUUUUAAAAUUUAUUGGAAUGAACCAUCACCAAAUUGGAACAACGGAAGUGAUUUCCCUCUUCAAUUAGUUUUUAUGAAUCCCUAUGAAGAUAUUUAUUUCAAUAACAUCGAUCCGAUUCAAAUGAACACCGAUAUUUGGUACAUCAGAGUUUAUAACGGCAUAACUCUUCAAAUUGAUCCAACAUGGAUUGACCCAAAUACUAUCGUUUCAUCGGGUUAUAAUGCAACUGGAAUGAUUAUGAGUACAUAUAAUAUUCAAGAUAUUCAAAUUCCACUGACAAAAGAUUCUAGUUAUGGUGGUACAUCAGGAAUGAGAUGUAUUUAUAAAGUCGAAUGCGAGACAAGUUUCACAUUGGGAGGAUCAUUUGCCUUGGGGUAGAUAAUUCCAUAAAAUAAUCUAGAUUUUGUGAUAAACUGAUCUUUCAGCAUGGGUCCAUCUAAUUUAGUCGACCUCAACAUUCGAUCCGGAGUAACUCAACAAACUAGUGAUUAUUUUUCAAUCAAAUCUGAGGAUCCACACGUGGGUGUUUUUGCUGUACAAUACUUCCAACAACGUUAGUUUUGUUAACCGGAGAUUUUGAAGAAAAAAAAUUAUAUGUUCAGAAGGCGAUAAGUUAACUACACCAGUUCCGACUAGCACGGCUAUUCUUUCAACAACGACAGGAACAACAACAGUUACAACGACGCAAAUAAUUCCAACUACUACAACAAGUUCUUCACCAUCCGCUUAUUUUUUACUAACUUUUGCCAGUAUUUUCGCAUUCUUCGAAUUGUAUAAUUAG